GGGCGGGGGAGAGAGCUCCUGCGCAAUCCGGCCCCCCGCCCCCGCCCCGGGCGGCCCGGCUCCGGGGGCGGGGGGCGGGGAAGGCUGAUUCAUGGAGCCCCAGCCCCCCCCAUCCUCCUUUUCUUCUUCCUCCUCCUCCUCUCCUGGGGCCGCUAGCCCCAGGCUGCCCCAGCCGAUACCGCUGCCUGAGCUGCUGCCCACGCCGCCCCUGCCGCAGCCGCAGCCCCAGAGUCGGCGCUAGCCGCCCCUCCCCCCCAGCUCCCCUCUCCCCCCUCCCAAAAGAAGACGAGGAAGAGGAGGAGGAGGAGGAGGCGGCACGGGAACAGCCGCCGCCGCUGGAGCCAGCCCGGACUCUUCCUUCCAGUGGGGUGUGUGUGAGUGUGUGUGUGUGUGUGUGUGUGUGUGUGUGUGCGCGUGUGUGUGAGAGAGUGUGUGUGCGUGUGUGUGAGAGAGUGUGUGUGCUUGUGUGUGAGUGAGUGAGUGUGUGUGUGUGUGUGUGUGUGUGUGUGUGUGUGUGUGUGUUCGCGAGUGUGCGCGCGCGGCGGGGCUGGAGGCAGAGCCGGAGCCGGAGCCGGAGCGGGAGUGGGAGCCGCAGACUGACUGACGGCCGGACGGGCGGGCGGACGGACGGUCUGUCGUUCGGUCGGAGCCCCGGCGGGCGGGCUGGAGGCGCGGAUGCGGAGCCCGGGCGGCCCCCGCGAUGCAGCUGCCCCGGGCGCUCUGGGCGCUGGCCGGGACGGCGCUCUGCUGCUUGCUGCUCUCGGCGCUCCACGCACACCUGCGCCGGGAAGGUCAGUUGGCUGCUGGUACCUGUGAGAUUGUGACUCUGGACAGAGACAGUAGCCAGCCCCGAAGGACUAUUGCACGUCAGACUGCUCGAUGUGCUUGUAAAAGGGGACAGAUCGCUGGCACGACGAGAGCCCGGCCAGCCUGCGUGGACGCACGAAUCAUAAAAACCAAGCAGUGGUGUGACAUGCUUCCCUGUUUAGAAGGAGAAGGCUGCGACUUGUUAAUCAAUAGAUCAGGCUGGACCUGCACCCAGCCUGGAGGACGGAUAAAGACAACCACGGUCUCCUGACAGCUGCAGCAUGAGCGAGAGAGCGCCUGAUCUCCUGGGGACGACGGCUUUAGGCUCCGCAUGAGCUCCUCACCUUAGUCAAGUUCCUCCCACCGUGGAUCAUCGCCCGUUGUAUGUCCCUCCCCUCCACCGUCUGUUUCUCUGUAUCUCAUCAAAGACAGCCUCAUUCUCCGACCGACGCCAUGCGCUGAAGUCUGUCCAGCCAUCCAAGGAGCACCGAACUAGGGACCAGAGAGAGCAAAGAGAUGCUUGGGCAUUAGCAAUACCCGGUCCAUGGUGAGCGCCCAUCCCCGGGGUCCACUCAGCUGCUGGACUCAAUGUGACCCACAUGGUUCAAUGAGAGGAGGCGCCUGCAGAGAAGAGUCCAGCCAGCCUUAGAGAAGACUGUUUUGUCUAUGGGGGACACUCAGGCGCAAGAGAGAGUCUCUCCUCCUCGUGCCCUGGACUGUCUGAGUCGCUUUUAUUUUCUUAUACUUUCAGUAUAUACAAUAGACCAAAGAGCAAAAUCUAUUUUAAAGAGGACACAAUCUUAUUGUUAAAGUUAUCUGGGGUAAAUUGUAGAGGGGAGGUCGGGGUGGGGGGAGGGAGCAGAGACAUGAAUGAAUCAAUCCUGUUGUCGGGGAGCCAGCCUGACCGUCGGUGUCCAGCAGGCGUCUUUACCGAGGGAACACUGCAGUCGCUAGUCGCAGGAACUGCACCCGAAGAAAAAGUUGCCUCUAAAGAAUGCAGACAGAGCAUGGAGAGUCAGUAGCCGAUGUUCGAAACACGCAAACAGACUUCCUUCCACAGAACACAGACUCGCCGCCGCCACUGUGUAGCCACCCGCGCCGUGGCCGUGGCCGUGGCCCCUUUAUCCCUCUGUACUUAGAUUGACUUGAUCGUACUAAAAAUCAUUUUCCGUUUUAACCAGUUAAACAUGUCUCUUCUACCGCUCCAUUUUUGAUAGUUGGAUAAUCCCGUAUUUGCAAAGAGCAUGUUUGGUCUCCUGUGACCUCUGUCUCAUCCGAUGCACCAUUUAGCACCAGAAAGCAAAUUAAAGAAAAAAAAAGUAACACUCGUUUGAAAGAGAUCAUUAAAUGUAUUUUGAAAAUCCUAAAGUUAUAUAUUUAACAGUUUUUAUAUGUUGUAUAUUUGUAGAGAAUACUAUUUAACAAUUAACGUGGUAGUUCUCACAGGCCUGAUGAACUGUCUGACCUCCCACUGGGCUUUCUAAACUGGACAGUCCGGGGAGUGAUCACACCGCACGAGAUGUGACGCAUGGCCAGGGAGGAUACUUUCAGAAAAUCACCAAUGUUGUUUAUAUCACAUAAAGGCAUCCAAACAUCACUCUGGUGGAAGAUGGGGCUUCUUUUAGGUUUGUCUUUGGAAUUUUGGGGGGUCUCUCUGUACUGGUCCAAUUUGGGUGUAAAAUAUUUUAAUCUUGGCUUUUCCAACUGAGUUCUCCUUUUCUUCCCCCUUUUGCCCAUGAGUCCAUUUUUAUGUUGGUUGGCAGCUCGAUUCCUGUGUCCCCAUCUUCCAAAGUUCUUAGCCUUAGUAUUAUUGGGUAGGGAAGAAGUUGCAUUGGGGAAAGAAGGGAAGAGCUGGCUUAAUUUUGAGCUCUGGUACCUUUCUCUAGUAACACUGGGAAUGUGAUGAGACCCCAAGAGCUGAAGGAUCUCCGGCUCUGCUGUCCCCUUUCCCCUGGCAGUGAAUUGUAACCUAAUUCCCAUGUCCUUUCUGAAUCCCCACUGUAGUAUACUACCUAUUAGUCCAAUUAACAUUAGGAUUAUCUUAGAUCUAUGCUACUAAGAGAAAGCAUUUAGAGGAUGAUCAAGAAACCAUAGACUAAAGCUCAAAAGUAAAAUGGCCAUUUGAUUCAAGCCUGUUCCCACGUUCUGGGGAAUUUAAUUUAGACAGGCAGUAAUCGUGAAUUUAGAGAUAUCUCUGAGGCAAACCAGUGGAUAUGAUGCUUUUUGUUUCCUUUUUCAAACUGUAUAACAGGUCUGACCUGUAAUUUCUGAAUACCGGUUAGCACCAACACUCGCCGUGUGCUAUAUCCCGUGUAAUGCAGGAUUGCCCUCCUGCCCCAGAAAGGACCGACAAUGGGUUCCACACGACCGAGAGUACUGGGAGAUGCAUCGACCCAUAGGUUCCCCAAACCAGGCUGUCUCCUCCUCCCUCCCACCUCCGGUUGUUUCUUUCCGAAGAGAGUGUAGUCGCCUUAUUUAGCAAAGACCGAGAAAUUGAAGAUGUUACAACAUUUUCUGUUGCUUUACAGUAUUCAGUUUUUGUGUUGAUUCCGCUAAAUUAUGGAAAUAAAGAAAAAAAUCCUUUUAUAA